AUGUCUAUCCCCGAGCCAACAACGAAAAACGCCUCAAACAGCACCAGUGCUAGCCCUUUGAGCAAAGGCAACAUCAGCCAAGUACCGGGAAGCAAAUACAGUAGCAUUGAGCGAUUCGCACAAGCACCAGCCUCCGAAGGCACAUACUUUGCCAGUGCGCGGAUGUCAGACAGAUCAGCGCAUCUCACGAGACUGUCAAGCCAACUCGAUGCUAUGGACGAGAUCAUGAGAGCAAGGAAUUAG